UAUCGGUCAGGGCCGGGGGCGCGGAGCAGGUGGCUGUGGCGGGGUAGCUGGGCCGCCAGCCUGGUGCUCCGGGGACCAUCUUCCGCCGCCUUUGUCGCCAGCCCUUGCCCGGCCGGUCCACUCCUUCCUGGCCCGCGCGCUGCCGGCCGGACUUUGCGCCGCGUCGGACGCUGCUGCUGCGCUCCGGGCCCCGCUGGGUGCCGGCGGUGGCCGGGAAGCGGGCGGCUAGGGGCAGCCAGGACCCCAGCCCAACAUGGCUGAAGUCGGCAUCGACCAGUCCAAGCUGCCAGGAGUCAAGGAAGUGUGCCGAGAUUUUGCUGUCCUGGAGGACCACACCCUGGCUCAUAGCCUGCAGGAACAAGAGAUUGAGCAUCAUUUGGCAUCGAAUGUUCAGCGGAACCGUUUGGUCCAGCAUGAUCUCCAGGUGGCUAAGCAGCUCCAAGAGGAAGAUCUGAAAGCCCAGGCUCAGCUCCAGAAACGCUACAAAGACCUUGAACAGCAAGACUGUGAAAUUGCUCAGGAAAUUCAGGAGAAGCUGGCUAUUGAGGCAGAGAGACGGCGCAUUCAGGAGAAGAAGGAUGAGGAUAUAGCUCGCCUUUUGCAAGAAAAGGAAUUACAGGAAGAGAAAAAGCGAAAGAAACACAUUCCAGAGUUCUCUGGAGCCAAUGUUUAUGGAGAUAGUUACUAUUAUGAAGAUGGAGACCAGCCAAGGUCAAGGAGGGCCAGGGAAUUGGGUUCUGGAUUCUCAAGGUCUUGUAGACUCCAAAGUGAUGGAACGACUAUGAAGCAGAAGAAGGAGAAACCAAAAUAUCCACUGGAGAACUUGGAAGAAGUAGAAGAGCAUUGUUUAUCAGAGAGAUCCCUGUCAUCCUCUAGCUGGAGCAAAGUGAGGGAUGAUCCCCAAAUUAACAGUGAGCAGCAAGAAAGGAAAUGGUCUGGUCGGCAGAGGCUCCAGAGAUCUCCGCUACCCAAGAUCAGUGGAGAAGUAUUUCUGAGCACUGAAUUGGAUGACUGGGAGGCUAGCAGUAGCUAUCGAACUCAGAAUUUGGAAAAACAGUCCCGAUACCAAGACCGACUUUCACCCAAGACCUCACAGAAAGCAAGGCUUCACUGCAAGGAAGCUGUGUAUGGGAGGGACCGUGAGCAAGGUGAGCACAGAGAAAAGAGACACAGGCCAAGGACUCCUCCCUUCUCAGAGUGUGAGGAGCAGCUCCACCUCCAUGACACAGGAAUGAAGCCAAGAGUGAUGAAAGAAGCUGUCUCUACUCCAUCACGAGUGACUCACAGGGAUCAAGAAUGGUAUGAUGCUGAAAUUGCCAGAAAACUGCAAGAAGAAGAACUUUUGGCUACCCAGGUGGACAUAAGAGCAGCUCAAGUAGCCCAGGAUGAAGAAAUUGCUCGACUUCUGAUGGCUGAAGAAAAGAAAGCUUACAAGAAAGCCAAGGAGCGAGAGAAAUCAUCUUUGGAUAAAAGAAAACAUGACCCUGAGUGGAAGCCCAAAACAGCUAAAUCAGCACACUCAAAGUCAAAAGAGAGUGAUGAACCUCACCGUUCUAAGAGUGACAGGCCAGCACGGCCACCACCACCUCCUGUAACUGAUGCUGAGGAUUUGGAUCACCGUCAUUUUACAAACCAGCAUAGUUCCACACGUCAUUUCUCAAAAUCAGAGUCUUCUCAUAAAGGUUUUCAUUACAAGCAGUAAAAUCCUAGAAAUCUGCCUUGAAAAUGGACUCACUGUAGCAAAUAUUGCUGGAUGAUACAGAAUUCAUUCCAGACUGUUUUUAUUCGUCCUACGUGUGCAUUCCUGAGAUUUAUCCUCAAGUGAUUUUCUGACCAUAAAUAAUUUUAAUUGAUUUCAAAUGUUUUGGUUAUUUCUGAUCACUUGGGCAGUAUAGGAAAAUGUAGCUUCUGAAUAUUGGCCACCUCUCUGCUGUGUAUAUCUCCUGGGAUAUAGUAUCCAAGAGCUCUGUAAAAUGCCAUUUUGUUAGCUAUGGAAUAUUGGUAUCUGGAGUGUAGGUUUUAUUUAGCCAUUAGAAUUUUAUGGAGAUGAAUGAUCAAAAUAAAACAUGUUUGGAUGUGAUGCAGAAUAAAAGAAUAUAAGAAAUAGCUUUUUUGGGUGCAUUAGCAUAUAAUAUUUUGAAGGUCAGAGCCUUUGCUUUUUGUAUUCUUCAGGAAAAGAAAAAAAAAAAUCACAACCAUAAAUAAAGUAAGAAACAUUGGAGCAUUUGAAAUAUUUGAUUCUGACUAUAUGGAUUGUAAAGAUUUUGCAUAUCCUUAUAAGCCUCUUAGGAAAAUUGGCCUACAUGUCAUUCCUCAGUAUUUAUUCUUCUGUGGCUUCCUCAAUAGCAAGGCUCCUUGAAGCCCCUGGGCAAUGAACCACUUAUUAGUAUUUCUUGGUGAAAAUUUAAUUCUCUGGAAUUUUAGCUCAGGUCUUUUCAAGGUCAACUGAAAAUGAAAAUUGCAUAAGUGAUAAUGCCAUCUGUCUGUCUGGCUGUAGAUUGAAGUUUUUCUCUUGUGUAAAAGACAGCAUGCACACAAAAAAGACAUAGCAGUAUUUGUUGGCAACCUCAGCAAUGUUUUGUUUACGUGUCAAUAAUUAGAUAAAUUCAACGUGAAGUUAAA